CCUUUUUAAAGUAGAUCUUCCGGUUUUCGCGGACAACGUCAGUAUAGCUUCAUUGUCCUUGGCUCUAGCUCAUCGUAAAUCUUUCUUUUACAUCUGUUUUAGUAGCAUCUUGCAUUUGCUUUAUUACACAAAAAUGCGUACUGGUCCUCAACUCAUAUAUCAUUAAUCAAUGUAUUGUUGCCGUAAUUAACUUGACAAUUUGGACGUGUUCGACUUUUCCUUUUUUUUUUUUUUAUAAACCAUACACCCACCACUUUACCCGAAAGUCCAAGCACCUACCUAUUUAAUUCAGCAUUCGAAUUGCAUUAUCUUGGAUGCCUCUGUUCUAGACAGAUACUAGGUACAUAUUGGAAACGCGACCCUCUCGGUGGUACAUAUAUUCCUUAUUCCCUUAGAAUACCUUAUUCUCUUUCUCUCUAGUCGCCAUGGCUGUCCAGUCAAAACCAGCUCCACUACCAUCGUGGGGACUCGCUGUAGCUGGUUCUACCGGCGCUGUCUUAGCAAAUGCGCUGGUAUACCCUCUUGAUAUAGUGAAAACACGUCUCCAAGUCCAAGUCAAACGGAAGCCUGGAGACACGAGCGAACACUCGGGCGACCCCCAUUAUCACUCGACAUGGGAUGCAAUUACCAAAAUUGUCGCCGAAGAUGGAGUUAAAGGUUUAUAUGCAGGCAUGAACGGGGCUCUACUGGGUGUCGCCUCUACCAAUUUUGCCUACUUCUACUGGUACUCGACUGUGCGAGAGCUCUACUUCAAAGCGCAAAAGAUCCCUGCGCCACCUCCCACGGCUGUUGAGUUGAUGCUUGGCGCUUUAGCCGGCGCCGUCGCUCAAAUAUGUACAAUCCCAGUGGCUGUGGUUACGACGAGGCAGCAGACACAAAGCAAGGCGGACAGGAAAGGUCUCAUAGAAACGGCUCGCGAAGUCAUUGAGAGCGAGGAUGGUGCAUUUGGGCUUUGGAGAGGAUUGAAGGCCAGUUUGGUGUUGGUUGUUAAUCCUGCUAUCACAUAUGGCGCAUACGAACGUUUAAAGGGGGCCAUGUUCCCUGGGAAAACUCGGUUGACCGCCGGAGAAGCAUUUCUCCUCGGCGCUAUGUCGAAAGCGUUAGCUACCAUUGUGACACAACCACUUAUAGUUGCUAAGGUUGGGCUACAAUCGAAGCCCCCACCACAACGACAAGGCAAGCCCUUCACGGGUUUUGUCGAGGUAAUGCAGUUCAUCAUCAAGCACGAAGGCCUGACGGGCCUUUUCAAAGGCAUCGGGCCCCAAAUCGUAAAAGGCCUUCUAGUACAAGGAAUACUCAUGAUGACUAAAGAGCGAAUGGAAUUCCUAUUUAUCAUCCUGUUCAGAUAUGUCCGCAAGCUUCGGUCAGAGCAGCUCGCUAAGGCGGCGGCAUUGGCGGCAUCCGCUGCUUCUAAAACCAAGGUCGCCAUUCCUAUCACUUCCAAAUAGCCUGAUGGAUAUUUCAGCAUUUCCCUAUUAGAGAGAAAUUCCGCGAGGUCAAUCGAAAGUUGGAAAAGACAGAUCUGUGAUACAUAUAAUGCCUGUUAUAUAGAGGAUGACGGGAUGGUUGCAUUGAUGCGUCGAUUAAUUGGUUUGGGAGUUCGGAGUAUUAAUGGCAUUACCAAGAUAAACCCAUAGGAACGUUGAAUAUAUUACCGAAACCACAAUUUCUCCUGGAGUUCUUGAGAAUAUUGUUAGACACUUGCAUCAGCCUG